AUGCCUGCAGUAGAUAAAACACAAAGCAAUGAUAUGGAUCGUAAAUACGACAUCCACACCAAGCAUUAUCAACAUCGUCAUGAAGGAGGAGAUGAUCAAGAGUCAGAUACACAAGUCAGAAAGCAACUGCCAGGGUUACUGCCACCUCAAGCACUCCUGUCGACGCCUCCUCCUCCAUUGCCAUCUGCAGAAGACACCUCUACACUAUUAUCACCUUGGUGGUCAGAAGAAGCACAGACGGAAUCUACCGAUGAUUUUUUUGACGAUGCUACUGCUUCUGCUGAUGCCACAAGCGCCACUGCUACAUCAUCCAAUGUUACAGCAGCUGAAUUCACUGCUCCUCCAUUAGAUUCUUCGUCGCUAGAUUCCAACAUACCAACACAAGAACUGGAUAGCAACCAUUUACAAGAUGAAACCAACAAGGAUCCAUCUAUACUCAAUAUCUCUAUACUGUCAUUUGGAAGAUCUGCACCCAAAGAAAGUAAAGACCAAUGGAAAGAACGGUGUUUAUUGCUAGCGACAACAACAGAACUCAGUAAAAAGAAAGAAGGCGUGAGUGUACAGAACGAGUUGGAAGAGAUUUUUGAUAAAUCAAAAGAGUGCAGCAUGAUUUGCUUUAUGAGAACAAGCCGAGAAUUGACAAAAAAGCCAUCGUUCACCUUAAAUCCAUUCUACGGCACUUGGAUAUCGGUAGCGAAAACACCAGCUAGAUGCAAGGAGCAUUUACUAGAUGCAGGAGAAAUGACCAAAAAGAGUUUUCCUGAUUACUAUACCAUGGAAGUAGGUGACGAACUGAGCCAUUCUGGCGAGUAUGUGACUAAAGCUGUCACAAAGACAUUCAGUCCAUUACAGCAUCUAACGCAACGUUACGUGGAUUCCUGGAAAGACGGUAGCCAGCAGGCGUUUUUCUCUAAAUUCUGGUCGAGUAUGCAAAAAGGAGAUGCACUUUAUUUGGUUAGAGAUAGUACGAAACGGUUGUUUGAGAAUGCUCUAGGUCAUGAUAAGAAGCCAAGCGAUAAAAAAUAA